GGCGCGAGAAGGUAGGAGUUGAGCUGACGGUGAGUGCCGUACGAAAAACUUUGCCGCGUCUCAUGAGACUAAGGAUCAGGGCUACUAGAAGGACGGCUCUCAUCGUUCGUCUCUUUAUUCCUCGUGCUUUCUGGCGCGUGUCAUACGUGGUCUAAACCUUACUGGGCUACCCUUCUUGAGAUGGUGUGCUUUAAUUCUACUCGAAAGUCAAGGUUGAAGUGAAGAAAGGUGGGGAGUUCCGCUGUAUUACCCCUUGGCUCUCAUCUCUGCUGCAGUAUUGCGAGAGCGACACUGAAGGAUAAAGUAUGAGCAAUAAAACGAAGACAAGAAGAAACAAGUUUUGGAAUUGCGCAGAACUGGUGAGGUCUGACAAGACAGGACUGAUCGGCGGUGCUUUGGAACGUACGAAUGGAGAUUCAGGUGGUCUGCUGGCUGAUCUACUGGCUACUGUUGCCGGUGUCCCUGCUCGCAGCUUGUUUAUUCCGGUAUAAUGCCCUAUCCUUAGUAUAUUUCCUCUUUCUUCUUCUGCUGCCAUGGUUCCACGGACCAAAUUUACACACUGUUCAAGGUCACACAGGACGAUUCAUUAAAGCACUUUUUGGAACCAGUAUUAUUUUUCUCCUUGCUCAUGUGGCCUUCCAGAUCUGCUUACAUACUAUUCCUGGUCUGGAUGAAGAGAUAGCCUACAACUGCAGCAAGUGGGAAGUCCUUUUAAGACACAUUGGUGUAUCCAGACUUCCAGUGGAUGAUGCUGCAAACACGUCACGACUGUUGGCCCCAGAUUUGGGUGUCUUUUUUGUGUCACUUAUCGUGCUUUGUCUUUUCAAUCGGUUGCCGCAGAGGAAGCAUAUAAUUUCUGAAGAACACGAACCAGUGGAAACAAGCCCUCCUCAGGAUCUACAGGAAGGGGAUAGGGAGGACAGCAAUGUUUUUGAAACUAAUGGAAAUGAGGCAGAAAGAAGAACACCACCUACAGAGCCUCUCAGUGAUAAUGAAACAGAAUAUGACAUGUUGUGCAGGGAGCCAUCAGUAUCAAACCGAGCAACACUGCUUGCUGCCCAACUCCGUGUCACAGCAUUCAGAUUCCUCAAGGACAUCAGUAGGUUCCUGGUCAUUGCAUUACUUGGUCUUGCAGGGAUCACACUUCCCUCAGCUUUCUCAGGUGUCUAUUUUGUGCUCUUCAUUGGAGUCUGCACAUGGUGGGCUUGUUGCUUUCCAUUCAGCACCUUGGGCUUUAAUGCAUUAUGUGUGAUGGUAGCCUUCUAUGCUGCUGGACACUUGAUCUGCCUCUAUCUCUACCAGUUCUCAUAUGUACAAGACUUCUUUCCAACAGAAAGUAUCUGGGCAAGACUUUUUGGUUUCAAAGAAAUUGUCGUACGAGCCAAUUGUACAUCACCAGAUGACCUUGAAUUGAACAUGGAUCAUGAAUGGCCGGUUUAUGUCAACCCAGGGAUAUUGCUUCUCCUUUAUUUCACUAUGGCCACAGUUUUAAAACUGCAGAACCCAAGUUCUAAUGUCAAGGAGAAGAAUACUAGCAUUCAAUUUCCCCCUGUGAGUCAGCACAAUGAUAAUGUGGAAAUGGAGCUGGAGUCCUGGGUAGCACCCCAACCAAGCAGUAAGGAUGAAAGUGAGCAGCAAAGCCUGGUGCCAAAAAAUGUAAUGCAUGAAGGUGAAGUGGAAAAUUUAACCGUGCAUGUGAUUGAUGGCUCAAGCCCACACAAAUCAGAAGCCUGUGGCAUGCAAAAACAUCAGAGCAAAGACAAUCCUCUUCAGAUGUUUGGUCGUAGGAUCAUGCAGCAGAGCUAUAUUUCUGCCCUCAUUGCUAUGAUGGUAUGGAGCAUUACUUAUCACAGUUGGCUGACAUUUGUCCUGCUGUUGUGGGCUUGCCUGAUAUGGAUCAUUCGUGCCCGCCGGCAAUUUGCAAUGCUGUGCUCUCCCUUCAUACUUCUCUAUGGGCUUUCACUCUGUACACUCCAGUACAUCUGGGCUAUGGACCUAGGUCCAGAGCUUCCUGACAGAGUUGGCUUCAUGAGCCUUAAACAGUUGGGCCUUGAGCGGAGCAUGCAUCCUUGUCUUAGACUUGGAGCAAUGCUUUUAUUUACCCUGACAUUUUGGUUACUUUUGCGUCAGUCUGUGAAGGAAAAAUUCACCCGAAGAAAAGCAAUAUCCACUCCCUUAACAGAAGUUACAAUAGGAACUGAACCUGGUCGCAAUGAAACACGUCUGAAAGUUGUUGGUGAACUUAUAAUGAGUUUUUAUGCCAAAUACUGGAUAUAUGUAUGCGGAGGGAUGUUCAUUAUGGUGAGCUUCGCAGGAAAGCUGGUUGGGUACAAGAUUGUGUACAUGCUUCUAUUUCUAUUGUGUCUCAGUCUGUAUCAGAUGUAUUAUUCACUGUGGCGACGCUUGCUAAAGGUGUUUUGGUGGCUAGUUGUUGCAUAUACUAUGCUGGUUCUCAUUAUUAUCUACACCUUCCAGUUUGAAGACUUCCCAAUGUACUGGAAAAACUUCACUGGUUUUACUGAAGAGCAACUUGCAGACAUUGGUCUGGAGACAUUUAAGUUAUCAGAUUUGUUCGCCAGCAUAUUGAUCCCAGGUUUCUUCCUUCUGGCAUGUAUCUUGCAACUUCAUUACUUUCACCGUCCAUUCAUGAAAAUAACUGACCUUGAACAUGUAUCCCUGAGAGACAGCAGACCAAUUUCUAGGAGGGAGCCAGAAAGUGAAGCAGAACUUUUACAGGAUGAGGAAGAGAUGGAUGGACAUGAAGAUGAACAGACUAAACCUGGGGAUAAUCAAUCAGAUGAUGACUAUGUACCCAGUAAGUGGGGUCUAGUCAUGAACCGCCUGAAGGUUUUAUUUAAAAAAUUUGCUGAAAUCCUGACCCAAGUGCAGAGCUUUAUCUGGAGGAUCCUAGAGCUUCAUAUUCUUAAAAUAGUUGCUUUUUUUAACAUCUGGGUGGCACUCAGAGAGCCCUCAGUGAUGAACCUUGUCUUGGUUGUGCUCUGGUGUUUUGCCAUGCCUUACUCCCGUUUCCGCCGUAUGGCCUCCUGCCUCUCCACUGUUUGGGCCUGUGUGAUCAUUGUCUGCAAAAUGCUUUACCAGUUGAGUGUUGUCAGCCCCAUUGAGUACUCCAGCACUUGCACAAAGCCACAGUUAAAUGAAACGAACCUGAAUGAAAAUGACAUACAGCUUUCAUUACUUUAUAAGGAGCCUGUAGACCCUGCAAUUUGGUUUGGCUUUGGCAAGAGCAUUAAUAUUCUUAAUUACAUCAAGAACCACCUUUUGGUGCUUAUGCUACUUGUAUUUGAAGCCACUGUGUACAGACAUCAGUCUCACUACUAUCGGCAGCAUCAGACCUCACCAGCGGCCACUGAAGCAGUGUUCCCAGAAGCAUCACGAGAGAACCUAGACUACGGAGUCCUGUGCUGUGUCAAGUACUUUGUAAACUAUUGUUUCUACAAAUUUGGCCUUGAGAUCUGUUUCCUUUUGACCGUAAAUGUAAUUGGUCAGAGAAUGAAUUUCCUGGUAAUUUUUCAUGGCUGUUGGCUAGUAGUAAUUCUGACAAGGAGAAGGCGGGCUGCCAUUGCAAAGAUCUGGCCCAAGUACUGCCUCUUCCUAGUACUGUUCCUGCUUUUCCAGUAUGUUCUCUGCCUGGGCAUCCCACCAGCUCUCUGCAUAGAUUACCCCUGGAGAUGGAACAAUGCAAUUACUUUCAACUCAGCUCUGAUUAAGUGGUUUUAUCUACCUGACUUCUUUAUGCAGCCCAACUCCAAGAACCUCAUCUAUGACUUCCUCCUCUUAAUUUGCGCAUCACAGCAGUGGAAGGUUUUUGAGGAUGAGAAGACACAGGAGUGGAUUCAGCUGGCUGGAGAGAACUGUGAUGAGCCCAAUCCUAUGAGGGGCAGGACUGUCAACCCUGUACCUAAUUUUAUCAACUGCAGGUGUUACUUGGACAUGAUGAAAGUAGUAGUUUUUCGUCACCUUUUCUGGUUCGUGCUGGCUGUGGUAUUUGUUACUGGUUCAACUCGAAUCAGUGUCUUUGGAUUAGGCUACCUUAUGGCCUGCUUUUACUUUCUUUUGUUUGGAAACAACCUUCUCCUGAAAUCAGCCAAAGCAAGACUGAGGCUCUGGGACUGUCUCAUCAUGUACAAUGUAGCUGUCAUUAUCUCCAAAAACAUGCUGUCUCUGCUUUCCUGUGUAUUUGUGGAGCAGAUGCAGAGUGGCUUUUGUUGGGUUAUUCAACUAUUCAGCUUGGUGUGUACGGUCAAAGGAUAUUACAACCCCAAAGAGCUACGAGAUGAUAAUAGGGACUGCAUUCUGCCUGUGGAAGAAGCUGGAAUCAUCUGGGACAGUAUUUGUUUCUUCUUUCUCUUACUUCAGAGGAGGGUGUUUCACAGCUACUACUUCCUUCAUGUCACUGCAGAUCAGAAGGCCUCUACACGUCAGGCCUCAAGGGGGUUUGAACUGUUCAAGGCCAGCAUUGUAAAGAGUAUGAAUUUCCACCAAGAGACAGAGCGCAAGUCCAUUGCUCAGCUUAAGAGGCAAAUGGAACGAAUCUGGGCCAAGCAACAGAAGUAUAAGGAGGGCCACCAUUCUUCAGAAAGCAAAGAAGAACAUCCUGAGCAAGAUACAGACAGAAAGCAGACGUCCAAGCAGAAAAAGAAGUGGUGGCGGCCCUGGGUAGACCAUGCCACAGUUUUGCACUCAGGCGAGUACUACCUGUUUGAGUCAGACAGUGAGGAGGAAGAGGAUUUACUUGCUGAAGAGCAAAAACCAAUUAGACAAAGUGCCUUCCAGUUAGCGUACCAGGCUUGGAUCACAAAUGCCAAGUCCGCUUUGAAGCAGAGACGACAAUUCAAGAAGGAGAUGAGAAGACAAGCAAAGCAUAAAGCAAGACAGGAUAGCCCUCAUCAUUCAGGAAAGGAGGAUGAGGUAACAGAAGAUGUAAGAGGCAAGAAUGAGGAUGAGCUCCUGGAAGAGGAAGAUUCUGGAAAGAGUGAUAUUGUGCAGCGCAUCUUGGAUAUUCUCAAAUUUCUUUGGGUUCUUUUUCUGGCAAUGGUCGAUGGUAUCACUCAGUGGCUUAAUACCCUGACCAAGCAAUAUGUGGACACAUCCACUGUGCUGUGGAUUGAGCGCUAUCUCCUCACACACAACAUUAAUCAGGUCCCAUGCAAUGAAAUUCCAGAUGAUGCAAGAUCUGAAAAGAGCGAGAGCCCCACUGUGGAGUCAGCAAUUCAGGGUGCAGACACAAAUGAGGUAGAUGAGGACAAAGGUGUAAAUGGGCAAGUUGAUCAGUCACAUCCUGAGAGUUCAGCAAAUGCAUUUGAAUUGGAAGAGCUACCUCCUAUAGAUCGGGAAACACCAGUUACAAUGUGUUAUAGCACCAGCACCAACAGUUCUGAACACCCUCUAGAUUUGGAGUCCAAUACAUUCCCAACCCACCAGCGCCCAAGGACUGCCAGUGAACUCUUAAAAGACAGGGAUUUGCCUUUUGAGGAAUUAGAGGAAUCAGCACGAUUCUACUCUUCCCAAAACCGUGGCCUCAAACUUCUGUUUGCUCUUUACAACUUGUUGGCAGCCAAUUCCGAGCUGGUUUGUUACUUCAUCAUUGUGCUUAACAACAUGGUCACAGCUUCUGUCAUCUCUCUGGUAUUGCCUAUCCUUAUCUUCCUGUGGGCAAUGCUUGCCAUUCCCCGGCCAAGCAAGAGGUUCUGGAUGAUUGCCAUCGUCUACACUGAGGUCAUGGUGGUUGUGAAAUACCUCUUCCAGUUUGGCUUCUUCCCAUGGAACAGCUACUAUGACACCAAGAUAAAUGAGGGCAAACCUUUUUUUCCACCCCGCAUUCUAGGCUUGGAGAAAACAGACAACUAUAUUAGAUAUGAUCUGAUGCAGCUGCUAGUUCUCUUCUUCCACCGUUCAUUAUUACGAAGAUAUGGUCUAUGGGACCAGGAUGAAGGUAUGGCAGAGAAAAAGAAAAUGGCAGUGGAAAAAAGUGAAGAUACCGAAGAAAGCUGUCUGAAGAAGGUUGUGAAAAAACCAGAUGAAGAAGCAGAAAUAUGUGAGGCUGCAGCUGCUAAGCCAGUGGAAGAUGUGGAAUCAGAUAAGAAGCAAGAAGAUAUAGUUGAACACACAUUAGAAGAGCCCAUUGGAAAAGGAGAGAAGCAAGAGAACUUGUUACGAUUCCGCAAGAACAAGCGGUCAUCUGAUGAAGUAUCCAUAGUGAAUGAAGGCGCGAAACCAAAGAUGAAAGUUAAAGAAAAACGCAAAGAUGCAGCGAGCAGAAAGCUACGUGCCAUAGGAAAGAAAUUGAAGCUGGUGAUGUUAACACUAAUUCAGAAUAUUUACAAGCCAGUCAUUGGUUUCUUCAAUGACAUCUUGCACACCAAAUACAGAGCCGCCACAGAUGUCUAUGCCCUCAUGUUUCUAACAGAUGUAGUGGAUUUUGUCAUUAUUGUCUUUGGUUUUUGGGCAUUUGGAAAACAUUCUGCUGCAGCUGAUAUUGCCUCCACACUGUCUGAGGACCAAGUACCAGAGGCUUUCCUGGUAAUGCUUUUAAUCCAGUUCAGCACAAUGGUGAUUGACCGUGCUCUUUACCUGCGGAAGACUGUGUUGGGAAAGUUGGUCUUCCAGGUUUUCUUGGUCUUUGGCAUUCACUUCUGGAUGUUUUUCAUCUUGCCUGCUGUGACUGAGAGGAUGUUCAGUCAGAAUCCAGUAGCACAACUUUGGUAUUUUGUAAAAUGUAUAUACUUCGCCCUAUCAGCUUAUCAAAUCCGCUGUGGAUAUCCUACUCGCAUUUUGGGCAACUUUCUGACUAAGAAGUACAACCAUCUUAACCUGUUUCUUUUCCAAGGAUUUCGGCUGGUGCCAUUUCUUGUAGAACUAAGGGCUGUAAUGGACUGGGUAUGGACAGACACCACCCUUUCUCUGUCUGAUUGGAUGUGUGUGGAGGACAUCUAUGCUAACAUCUUCAUUAUCAAAUGCAGCCGUGAAACAGAAAAGAAAUACCCCCAGCCAAAAGGACAAAAGAAGAAAAAGAUUGUCAAGUAUGGGAUGGGAGGGCUUAUCAUUGUCUUCCUCAUCUGCAUUAUUUGGUUCCCACUUCUCUUCAUCUCACUGGUCAGGUCUGUGGUGGGAGUGGUCAACCACCCAGUUGAUGUGACUGUGACGGUCAAGCUUGGGGGAUAUGAGCCUCUCUUUACUAUGAGUGCACAGCAGCAGUCAAUCCAGCCAUUUACAGAAUCAAACUAUGACAACCUCACAAAGACGUUUGGCACAAAUCCUGUGGCCAUGCAGUUCAUCACUAUGUACAGCUACGAGGACAUUGUGACAGCCAACAUAGAGGGCAGCUCAGGCUCUGUGUGGCGUAUUAGCCCCCCCAGCCGGCUAAAAAUGAUAGAAGAGUUGAGAAACAGUACGGCUGACAUGACACUACGCCUUAUGUGGACCUUCCAGAGGGACCCUGGACGAGGAGGCACAGUUGAGAAUGCGUUUGACAAGCACUCUAUUGACCUGAAGCACAAUGACCCAGUCCGUAUACAGCUGGCUUCUCUGCUGCUGGGAAAUGACACCAAUGUUGUCAAUGUGCCUCACAUGUUUCCCAAUUACAUCAGAGCUCCAAAUGGAGCCGACGCAAAACCUGUGAAGCAGCUCUAUGAAGAUUAUGAAGACAGCUAUCUUGACGUAAACCUCACCCUCAUUAAAACCCAAGGUUCAGAUUCAGCUGGAUUUCAGGAGUGGUGGGAUAUUCACAUCUCAGACUGCGAUUCUUCCCAGGAGGAUUGUGACGUCUUGCCAAUGGUCAUUUUUAGUGACAAAAUCAGUCCACCGAGCCUGGGCUUCCUUGCUGGAUACGGUAUCAUGGGUUUGUACCUGUCAGUGGUGCUGGUGAUCGGGAAGUUUGUGCGAGGUUUCUUCAGCGAGAUCUCACACUCCAUCAUGUUUGAGGAGUUGCCCUGUGUCGACCGCAUCCUUAAACUGUGCAACGACAUCUUCCUGGUGCGUGAAACGGGCGAGCUGGAGCUCGAGGAGGAACUUUUCUCAAAACUCAUUUUCUUGUACCGCUCGCCCGAGACUAUGAUCAAGUGGACUCGUGAGAAGGACUAAAGUUGUGCCUCUUCUGAAGAUGUCUUGAGCACGGACUGAACAAAACAGCCUUGACUGAGGAAGGGCCUUAAGUUUGGAGAGAUCAAAGUCUUUUCUCGCGAGUCAGUCCUGGAGCUUCAAUGUCUUAGGAAUCAACAAAGCAAAGCAAAACAUGAGAGUUUGUCCAGUCGGGUCGUCAUCCUGUGACACGUAUGCACGACAAAUCAUAAAGCACAGUGCCGAGUUUAGCAAUUUCCCUUCUUCCUUGGUUGACAGGACUCUUAUACGAGCACAGAGAAGAGGUGUCCAUUGCACUGGAUUCUGGAGUGAAGUGUGGCUGAAUGUCAACCGACUUGCUUAGUGGACUCAGUGGUCUGUACACUAAAAGGUGAGGCGUUCUCAGCACCAGGACAGAGAGAGCCGUGUAUUUAACCCUACGAUGCUGCACAUGAAAGACUGCUAGUUAUUGGAAAUUUGCUAUUUUUCUGUCUUAGACAAGUAUACUUAUAUUUAUAUCAUAUUAUUAUUUGGUUGAGAAACACUACUGUAUUUUAUGAUCCUGGAGGCAAACAUUUUGUUUAAGUUUGGCUCUUUUAUUUUUAGAAAAUUAAAAAACAUGUUUAGGAUGUCCAUCUAGAAUGGAUAUAAGAGCCAUCGUUCUAUCAUUUUUUUUUUUCCUUUUUUAAAGUAAUUUAAAUGUUAUAUCAUAAGUGUUCUUAAACCAAAGGAAGUGACUUGAAUACAGGAAAUUCUGAUGUGCCUUGGGCUCCCGUUAUGGCCUUAGCUGUUAACGCCAAUGAAUUUUCACACAUCUAUGUUGAUUAUCUUAGAAGAAAGUGUUACACGUGCUGGAAUUAUUUUAUUCAUUUCAAUAUAAUGGAAUACUAAAGCAAUAAAAAGCACAGAGCCUUUAAGUGGCGCAGAAUCCUUUUUUUUUUCUCCAAGUAGUAUACAAUUUUAAUAAGUGAUAUGGUCAAUUGUUUACCUGCCACUGAAUGGUUUAAUAUAUCUGUUCAAAUAUUAAAUAAAAAGGUUUUCUUUUAUUAA